AUGUUCGGGACGGGUCUCUCGGAUAUGGAUACAAGAAACGCAGCGCAUCGCGACAGGCACUAUAAAUCUCCGUGUCGGCAGCAACUUUCUCCUCAGUUUGCUGUCAAUUGUGAAACGCAACAGAGUCAGUCGUCAGUUAUGUCGCCCAUUUUGUACUACAUGCCCGAAGGAGCACCAUCUCGCGGUGUCUUGUUCCUCGUUCGUUACUUGAAUCUCGAUGUGCAGCUCAAGGUCGUGCGCACGUACAAAGAUGAGCACAAAGAUCCCGCCUUCCUCAAGUUGAAUCCGGCUCAUACGGUGCCCGUUUUGGAGGACAACGGCUUAGUUUUGGUCGAUUCGCAGGCAAUUGCCGUCUACUUGAUCGAACAAUAUGCCACGAAGACAAAUCUCUUUGGGAACUCUGUCAAGGAACGUGCUUUGGUGUUGCAACGUCUCUUCUUCAACGCCACGAUCUUCCAUGAGUUCAAAAGUCUCUGUGCUCCGAUCAUCACUGGCGCCGUGCAAAAGUACGAUCAAACGACCUUGAAAAAGUUGUUCGAAACUGUCGAACUUUUGGAAAUCUACUUGAAGGAUCAAGAUUUUGUCGCGGGCAAAUACGUGACUGUCGCUGACUUUUUCAUCGUUAACAACAUUAUUACAAUGAUGCGUCUCAAUAUGGACUUGAGCACCUUCAAGCACGUCAACGAAUGGAUUGUUCGCAUGAAGACUUUGACUGGCUUCCAAGAAUGCGAUCAAGGAGCUGUCGCUUGUGCCAAUUUGGUCCUUCCAAAAUUGAAGUAAAUCUCAAAAAAAUGUCAAUUCAAUAAAUGACUGAGUAGAUUCAAAAGAAUCUGAUAAGAUUAAAAAUUGCAUUUCAUUGUUUUAUUUUUUUUCGUUAAUGUUCUAUAUUGUUUUUGG